GGGAAAGAACCAUCUGAUACCGGCCUCAUGUAUAAGGAAGGUGUGUCUGUGUGAGUAUUUUCUGUCUUCAGCUUCCUUGCUGGUAUGAGAGCACACAUUUAGCAACUUCCUCAUUGGCUCGAUAACACCUCAUUCUGAGAGACACGCGCAGAGGAGAGCACACACACUUGAGCAGCCACAGAUCUCCACUCAACUUGCAACUGUAACUAGAGAACCCGCCUCCUCAGACGCACACUCAACUGUUCCACAAGAAGUGGGCACUACCGUGGAAACCAGAAGACUGAGAGUGGGUGGAGCAAAGGAUUCCCCAUCAAGACAAAAGAGGGAACGCCGCUACACAGGACUGAUAAAAAGACAAGACACCAAAGGGGGCAGACGCAUGAAAACAGGAGCCACACUCAGGAGAAGUUCAACUGCCUUGACUUACUACAACUUAGAAGUGUCAAUGUACUUAGACUGUUAGGUUAGUCUACAGGUCAACCAGCUGCUACUCUAUUUAUGGUUGUUUUACUGAGGAUUUACACCUGUUUGAGCAUUUCAGUUAUUUACCUGCAUAACUAAUAUAUACAUAUUAGUUUUCAUAGAUAUUCAAUUCAUCUUAAGCCUAAAAAAGUACACAAGCUUGAAGUUUAAGGGGUCAGAUCACACAAAGAGCUCACACACGCAUGACUAAAGAAGCCACAAAGAAGUCACCCUAAGGUCAAAGGACACUCUGGAGGACAUCUUUGAGGUGUGGUGAAAUGGACCGUCAGCAGAACAAGGUGAAGCGCUUCCUGAAGCUGGGCUACUCCCAAUCUGACAUCCUGAGGGUCCUGCAGAGCCUUCAGCAGGACGCCCAGACCAACGACAUCCUGGAGGAGCUCAUCAAGACCUGCCGGACACCCACCAGCACAAAGCCUGGACCGGAGAGAGUGACCAGCAGCCAGAGCAGCAGUCCUCAGCUCAUCCCACGAGGCUGCAGUUCCCCUCAGGCACAAUCACAGAUGGAAACACACGGACAGCGGCAAACAUACUCCGACAUGCAGGCCUCCAGUCCAUUCAGGCCAGUGGUCAUUGAUGGAAGCAACGUGGCUAUAAGCCAUGGGAAUAAGCAGGUGUUUUCGUGUCGGGGGAUCCAGCUGGCUGUGCAGUGGUUUUGGGACAGGGGAAUUCGUGACAUCACCGUAUUCGUGCCUCUGUGGAGGAAAGAGCAGUCACGGCCUGAGGCUCCUAUUACAGAUCAGCACAUCCUAGGCGAGCUGGAGAGAAGGAACAUCCUGGUGUACACACCUUCACGUUGUGUGAACGGUAAAAGGGUCGUGUGCUACGAUGACCGCUACAUCAUCAAGCUGGCCUAUGACUCGGACGGCAUCAUUGUGUCCAACGACAACUACCGAGACCUGCAGGUGGAAAAACCCCAGUGGAAGAAGUUCAUCGAGGACAGGCUGCUGAUGUACACUUUCGCCAAUGACAUGUUCAUGCCACCUGAUGAUCCACUAGGAAGAAAUGGCCCAACAAUUGAAAACUUCCUCAGGAAGAAGCCAACAGGACCAGAGAACAAGCAGCUGCACUGCCCAUAUGGAAAGAAGUGCACUUAUGGUGUAAAAUGCAAGUUCUACCACCCCGAGCGCUCCAGCCAACCCCAGCUGUCUGUGGCAGAUGAGCUAAGAGCGAAGAGUCAUCCAGGUUGCGAAACCGAGGAGUUCCCUCCCUCCACAGACCUCAGACAUGAACACUUUCCACACCCCAGCUAUGCUAGCGCCACCAACGGACCCAGGCACGCAAACUGCAAGACGACCACCACGCUGUCUUCAGCAUACCAGGAUGAGCUGACCUGCGCCCUGUCUGGACUUGACCUCUACAACAGCCCACGAGAAACAUCAUCAAGACAAACCUACCUGCAGAGGUCACUUCCCGCCUUGUGUAAGAGCGCCAAGAGCGACCAAGCGUACGGUUCAAUGGAGAGCUCCAUGUCCCGCCUUUAUCUCAGUGACUCCGCCCUCCCAACCUCUCUGGCCUACAGUGGGUGCACAGCAGGUAGUGACAGCGAUUACUUCCCAUCGGACAGUUCGUGUACAGAGCACAAACGAGCACACAGUCCUGACAUAUACAGUCGCGCCUACCGCCAUGGGCUACAUGCUCUGUCAAGCUGCCAACACACCCACUCAGAUUUGGGCCUUAACUACACUCGUACGCCUUACUCACCGCAUGGAUACCGACCACACAGCCCUUACAAUAACAUGGCAACACCCAUUUUAAAUGAUCCCUUACCUUACCCCAAAUUAAUUGCCAGACAAGCAUCCUAUCCUAGGUUAGCAGAGGUCGGCUGGGGUCAAGGGCAGGCGGAAGCCAGGGACGCUGGAGCCUUCAACCAUAUGACGGACAGAAGGAAGGACGUGAGGUCUCAGCUCAGCACAAUCUUCCCUCAGAACAUUGUGGAUCAAGUUAUGAGCUUAUAUCCACAUACACUGGACACAACCGAGCUGGUCACGCUAAUACAGAAAUAUAGGAACAGCCACUUACUGUGAAACACCACGAGUUGGUGGCGAAUUUCAAAGCCAGCCACCAGAAUACUGUCAUAAUGAAACUUCAUAGCUCUGAAAUUGUAUCUUCAUAGGAAAAAUGUUGUUAACUGUAACAGAUUAGUUAUAUAUAUUACUAAGUAAUCUAUGACUUAUAUUGGUAAGUGAUUCUGGGUCAUUACAUUUUCAAAUAAUACAAAGACAUAAAGAUAAGAAAACGGAGUUAUGAGGUUUUGAUAUGACAGCAUCCAUGUACACUCAUAUUACGUUUUGAUGAUUUUCUAAGUGCAAAGAAGUUAACGCAUUCUCUACAACGUAAAUAUGGCUUUUUUCUGCAAACUUGGUGCGAAAAAUAAAAUGGAAAAGAGAAAGUGUGCCAUUACUUUUGCACAAGCCACAUUUAAUGUUUUCUUUAUAGCAAACAAACAGUAAUUGUGCUUUAUUAUGAGCAGAUUAUUGUGUUCUCUGUAGAGGAUUUGAACUUAGAAAAGUCAUGUGACCAGGGGUGUACAAACUAUUGCAUGAGACUGUAUUAGUAAAGUACAGAGAACUAGUGCUUUGUAAUACUGCCCACCUAAAAAUGUGUUGUCUAUGAUACCAGGUUUAACAAUGCUAAUACAUACAAAAUAAAGCUAUGACAUUAUGCUGUCCAUUAGUGUAAAAUAGAUGUCCAAACACAAAGUCAAUGAGUUAUUAGCAUUACGCUGUGCUACUGAGAUUCAUUAGCCAAUGUGCAGUGGUUUUGUACAUACAAUGUAGCAUUUUUUUUCUUUUUAAUUAUUGAAAUUUGGAAAAAAACAAACAUUAAAGGUCUUUGGUUGCAGGCGUAUGUCCUUCACAAAUCAAUAAAUGGUCAUAUGAUCCCCUUCUGGGUUUACUAGACUGGUAACAAGUGACUUGUUAGCAUCUGCAACCUUGUCUGAUUCUGAAACGCUUGCUCAAAUGUUCCCUUUAGUAGCACCUGUUCUUACAUGUGAUAACUGAUGUGAAACUCUCAUGUACUAUAUCAUGACUAGCUGAAUGUAUUUGCUGGGGUGAGUCACCCCAAAACCGCUAUCAUGGCUGAGAAUGAGUGAGAAUUAUUGGGGAUGAAGUUUGCAUAAUGCUAACUGCUCAGUACUAGCUUUCAUUCAUACUUAGCAAUGUUAGCAUGACUCGUUCCGUGUAAAAUGAAUGUAAAUCUGCGGAGGCCGACCUCCAUCGAGUGCAAACGUAUCCUGACUGAUUUAAAGUUAAGAAAGGAGGUUGAAGAGAAGUGCCUAUGUUAUGGCUAAAGUAUAGCUUCUUAGCUGACCACAGGUUUUGGCCUUGCUGCCUCGGCACAAAGCAAACCUUAAAAACAAUGUCAUCUCCGCACACUCGUGUGUAGACUGAGGAUUUUUUAAUUACAGCAGUGAGUUGUUUUAUUUCGUAACCUCAAAAUGAGGCCUGUGUUAUUGCUAGCCAAGCUGGUAUAGCUAGCAAAAGUGUGUUAACAGUUAGCAAAAGCUUUUCUGCCUGUACUGUCCAUAUGUGCUUUAA